GGCUCGUAGCCGCCAUCUUGGUCUCGUCUUUCCCGUAGCGCUGGGUUUGUUCUCUGAUAAGGUGGGGUAUUCCGCUCCCUCCCCGAACGUGGGGCAGCAGUGCUGCCUGGACUGGUAGGAGCCGAUCGAAAAGCGGCUGCCUGAGCUGUCAGGUACUAAAUCUCAGGAAAGAUAUUGGUCUUCAGAAAGUACUAUGGACAACGGGAAAAAUGCUGAUAACAGCUCUUAUAAUGGUGGAGCUCUGCUUAGAAUGGGCCUCAAUGAUAACAAAGCUGGAAUGCAAGGUUUGGAUAAAGAGAAAAUUAAUAAAAUCAUCAUGGAAGCUUCCAAGGGCUCCAAAUUUUAUGAAAACGAGCUCAAAAAAGAUCAACAAGUUAACCAACGAAUUGAGAAAAUGAUGCAGCUUAAGGAGAAAAUUACACAACAACAGCUAUUGAAAGCACGGUUGCAGGUGGACAAACUUGUGAUGGAACUGGAACAGAGUCGCAACCUUAGUUGUACUAUUGUACACAUUGACAUGGAUGCCUUCUAUGCAGCUGUGGAAAUGAGAGACAAUCCAGAGCUGAAGGAAAAGCCUAUUGCAGUGGGAUCAAUGAGUAUGUUGUCCACCUCAAACUACCAUGCUAGGAGAUUUGGUGUACGUGCAGCCAUGCCUGGAUUUAUUGCCAAAAAGCUGUGUCCACAUCUAACUAUAGUACCAUUAAACUUUGAAAAAUACAGGAAAGUGAGUAAAGAGGUUAAAGAGAUACUGGCUGAAUAUGAUCCCCAUUUUAUGCCUAUGGGCCUAGAUGAAGCCUACCUGAAUGUAACAGAACACUUGGAGGAAAGAUUGCAUUGGCCUGAAGAUAAAAGAAGAUACUUUUUGAACACAGAAAACACUACAGAAAAAAAUAAAGAGGAUAUAAGCAUAUCUGGCAGACUGAAUAUAGAUGGAUACUCUUCUUCACCAGAGCUGUUUGAAGAUGGCACAUCUGUAAUGGAUGAUCACUCUGGACAAAGGUAUCAGUCACUGAAAAAUGUAGUUGUGUUUGGAACCUCUGCAGAAGAAGCUGUGAAGGAAAUUCGCUUCAGGAUUGAGCAGAAAACUCAACUGACUGCUAGUGCAGGAAUUGCUCCAAAUACAAUGUUAGCAAAAAUGUGCAGUGAUCGUAAUAAACCUAAUGGACAAUGCAGAAUUUCUCCAGAGAGACAAGCAGUUCUAGACUUCAUAAAAGAUUUGCCCAUUAGAAAGGUGCCAGGUAUAGGAAAAGUAACAGAGAAGAUGUUAAAAGCCCUUGGAAUUGUGACUUGCUCAGAACUUUACCAGCAGAGGGCACUGCUUUCUCUUCUUUUUUCAGAAGCAUCUUGGCGUAGUUUCUUGGAUAUCUCUCUUGGGCUGGGUUCAACACAUUUGGAAAAGGAUGGAGAAAGAAAAAGUAUGAGCACUGAAAGAACAUUCAGUGAAAUUAACACGGCGGAAGAUCAGUACAACUUGUGUCGAGAACUCUGCAGAGAACUUGCCCAGGACUUACAGAAAGAGGGACUGAAGGGUAAAACUGUUACCUUAAAGCUAAAGAAUGUGAACUUUGAAGUAAAAACAAGAGCUUCAACUGUGCUGUCUUCUGUUUCUGCUGAGGAUGAAAUAUUUGCUGUUGCAAAGAUGUUGUUAGGAACGGAAAUUGAUAGUGUUGCUCCUCACCCUUUAAGGAUAAGACUUAUGGGUGUACGAGUAUCAGGAUUUCUAAGUGAAGAAGAGAAGAAAUACCAACAAAAAAGCAUUAAGAGCUUCUUAAAAUCAGGAAAAGAACUUGAUUUUCCAAGGCUUCAGCCAGGGAAACCCAAUCAAGAAAAUCUCACAAAAACCUCAGAAGCAUCUUCCAAAGGAAGUUUUUUUGAUAAAAAGCGAGCUGCAAGGCAACUAAACUGUAAUAAUAAUGUUUUUCCAAAUGAAAGUGUAGGUAAGCAGCACUUUUGUGGUGUAAACUCAUCAGCAAAUUUUGUGGAAGAAGCAAACAAGGUCACAAACUUGCAGAAGUCUAACAUAUGUGAGAUCUUCACGUGCCCUGUUUGUUUUGAGGAGCAAAGUAGUGUUAAUUUGGAAGAGAUUAAUAGGCAUAUUGAUGAAUGUCUUGCUGGCAGUCUAGUUAAAGAUACUGUGGAAAUAUCAAAAAAUGACAUUUCAAGAGAAAAUACUUCUAACUUCUUAUCACACUGCAAAAAUGAAAAUAUUGACGAUUGUAAAGAAAAUAUAACAACAGAUCAAUUAGCAGGAACAGGCCAGUCAGCAAGUACAUCUGAAAACUCUUCUGGCAAUAGCAAAGAGAAAAAAUUCACUCAGAUAGUCUCAGAAAAACCUCACAGAGAAAAACAGCCUUGUGAUCUCAUUGAUAUUCCUAGGAAUGCAAGCAUAAAACAAUGUCUGUUUCCCAAAAGAAAUUCACAAGAGAAUGCAAAACAGUUCGGAAGGACGGAUCAUACAGAAGGAACUAGUUCAUCCUGUUCUUUUGAAACCAAAGAAGACAGUGUUCUUGUUUGUCCAGUUUGUAAUUCAGAACAGAAAACCACCAGCCUUGUGUCAUUUAAUAGACAUGUAGAUGUCUGCUUAAACAAAGGCCUUAUCCAGGAGCUGACAGAAAAAGAUGAUUGUUCUGCUAAGACUUCUGAUACAGAAAAUUCAAUCAGAGUUGGAGGGUUAGACAGAGGACAGCACUGCACAAAACCAUUACAAGGAACAAAAAGGUCUGGACUAACAACUUCACAGUCAGCAUCAAAAAAGGCUAAAUCAAUCAAUUCCAAGCACACAAUUGAAAUGUUUUUUAAAUGACAGUGGAGCAGUGUACUUCAUAUGAAGUAUUUCAUAGCCUUUUAUGACUGCAUAUUAAUUUAGCAUUGGUGGUAGGCUGGAUUCAGAUGAAAUUUGGCUGGAUUCACGUCGGAGCCAUUGUAUGCUUAUCAUGCUCUGUAAAAAGAAUGAUAUGUGAGGUAGAAGAAGAGAUAUAACUGAGGUAAUCCAAUUUUUUGGAAAAUAAUACUUUUUUAGCUUAUGAGAAAUGAAAUUGCUAGCACUUAAGAGUUCUGUUAUAUUGAACAUGUGAAACUUUGUUAGAGUCACAUGCAGUCUCAUGUAUUGUCUCUGCUGUUCAACAAAAUGAAACAGGUUCAUUAGAGCUGCCAUGGAGCAGAUCUGCAUGGCAAGCACCUGAGAAAGAGGGUCUCAUGAGGUGGAAUGUCACACUGUGCUUGUUGAUGUCCCCCUUCGAAGAUUGAUCUGUCACCCUGUCUGCAAGGCAGUGAGUUAGCAACCGUAGUUGCUCAAGUUAAUACUUCCUUGGACAGUCAAACACCAAAUUAAUUUGUGUGAUAACAUAGAAGAGCCAAGCUACUUCAUUUCAGAUCUUGUGAAGGUCUGUCUUGUCACUGGACCAAACACUGGUUGGUCAAAAAAGAAGAAUUCAGAGCACAGCCAAACUUUUAUUGUUAUCACUGAAAAUUACUUCAGUAUCAGGUGAUGGACCCACCCUGAAGGGCUCUCUGUGAUGAGGUGCAGGAUGCCUUUGCUUGACACUAAAAAUGUUAAUAAACUGGAUGAUUAGAGGAUUCUUCCAGAUUAGUUGAACAAAUGCUGUUUGAUCCUUGACCUCUCCAAGGGGACUGAGAACUUCAGUUGUCUUUGCUGUUGUUAAAUUGUACCUGUUGGUAGGGCUAAAUUUAAUAUAAAUCAGUGUGCAAUAAUAAUGUUGUAUAAAUAUGUGCAAUAUGCUAAAAUGAAGUAUUCUUACUGUUUAUCUAUCUUUAUUUAAAAUUGUUUUCUAUUUUUAAAUAAAUUGCAUUUUAUGAGUACUCAAGUGGAAGUUUUAAAGUUCAAAUAUUUGAAGUACUCUAUAAUGAUAUUCUUCUAUUUACACUAAAUUGCUUAGAUUUAGAUUUUUUAUAAUUAAUUUAUGACGAUAGCUUCUUUCUUAGAAGUUAUGUGUACAGUCACAAACCCUUGAAGAAAUAUGAACUUUUAAAAGCGGAUAAUCUUUAACGUGGCUAUGAUAGAAGCUUCUGUUCCGUUGCUUAAUUAUAGGGGGAUUAUUCUGUGGCUUACUUUUUUUUUUUUUUAAAUAAAUAUGUAUUUUUGGUGCUUAGGCUAAAUCCAGAAUAUAUCUAUCUUUUCACUUCCACAUUUUCAGUAAUAAUUUCAAUAUCUCUUACCUGCCAGGUGCCACUGUACCUGCAGAUCUGUAAUUUGAAUUCAGUGCUCCUUAAUCUGCUCUGGACAAAAUAAGCUAGGCUAGUUCAUAUUAUUCUGCAGUCUGACAGUUGACCUUGUGCAAACAAAGUCAGUGAGCAGUCAGCAUUUAGCUGUUCUGCUGACAGAGGGGGGAGCUGGAAAUUUCUGGUAGGAGAGACAUGAAAACAGCUGAAGGAGCAGUGAGUACUGUUUAAAAAAAAAAAAAAAAGAAAGAAAGAAAGAGUACCUGUCCCUUUAUUGAUUUACAUAUGUCUAAUUUAAUAAAGUGUAGAAUCCAAGGUAACUUACCAAUGUGCGUGUUUAUUUAAAGUUUGCUAUUUUGCAUGUCCUUUACUUAGCAAAAAAGACAAUUCCUGAGUGCCUGGAAAAAUGAAGCUAGUCUAGCUUAGCUUGGAAAACUAUCACCUGUUUUUAAAAAGCUGUCACAGAUUUGUUUUUAAGUAUCAUAAAGUUAAAAUUAUGGAGUAUGUUAGAUUUAAUGUGGAAAUAAAGCCCAUAUGAUUCGAAAUCCAGAAGUGUCUGUCUUUUGAAAUGACGUGUAAAAUGUACCCAUCUGGAAAGGUUGCUUUGUAUAAGGAAAGUGCCUAGUCCUUCUAAAUCAUCUCUCAGAAGAUUUCUUAUGCCACUUUUGUUACUGUUCCUAUCUAAAGAAGUCCUUCUGUUCAGGAUAAAGUACUGUCAGAAACUUGUGAUGCAAUAAUUUCUUCUCAGUUCUUGUGAAAGCUGUGCUAGCAGUGUUUUUGUUUAGCAUAUUUCUCUGACUGUUACUGUGCUGUCCGUUGGUAAUAACUGCAGUUAACUGAACUCUGUUUUAACUUGCAUCUGGAAAGUCUUCAUAACUUGCAUGUUUCUAACUUAACGUGUGAAUUGUUUCCUGUGUGAACCAUUCCACACUUCCUAUAUUUACAGUCUUGAAGCACAUCAAUGAUCUAGGAUGGCUGCAGAUGAGGAUUUUCUCACUUAUUUAAGGUAGAUGUGUAUAGAGUGAUAGAAGAACUUGGACGUGACUCAGCAGUGUGCACUUUGAGCCCAGAAGACCAACAGUACCCUGGGUUGCAUCAAAAGAGGGGUGUCAGCAGGGAGAGGGUUAGGUGUUAAGAGAGAACUCUGUACUUGGAGGACGGUGAGGCUCCCAGAGGUGAAGCUGCCCAGAGGACCUGUAGAUGCCCCAUCUCUGGAGGAAUUCAAGGCCAGACUGAAUGGGGCCCUGGGCAACCUGAUCUGGUGGGUGGAAUCCCUGCCCAUAGCAGGGAGAUUGGAACUGGAAAGUCUUUAAGGUCGCUUUUAACCCGAGCCAUUCUGUGUGAAAUAAUCUUGAAUUCCUUUUCUACUUAUGGACAAUAGAGAAUAGGAUGGCAUUUCUGUGAUCUUAACAUUUUUCGCUACUUCUGAAGAAAGGGAUGCACAAAGCAUUUAUCUGUGAGAAACAUGAUUGCCCUCAGUGGAACAAUUACGGAGAUGUCCCUCCUAAAAACAAGACUUGCUUGAGUUUAUCUUGUAAAUUCUCAAUCCUUAGAAACAUAGACUGUAGAGCAGCAUUCCCUUAUUUAAUCUGUUUACUGCUGUUGUAAUAUCUUUACAUACUUUCAGAUUUUGGAAUACCUUAUAUGCAGAAUGUCUUACAGUGGUUGGAUGACCUAUUUUUUUAUUAGUUGUCUGGCUUGGAUAUCUCAGUCCUUAUUUUUAGAAGUGUUCUACUGGGAAUAAAUAAAUACUUUUGUUCAUGCCAUUUUGUUUUUGAAGUUGCUGAAUUUCCAUGUUGUAAUUCUGUAGACAGGAACAUCAGCAGCAUGGAGUUUGGGCUUGAGUUGCUCUGACGGCAGCUUGAUCCAUGCUGGGAGUUAUUACAGGGUUAUCAUGUCCCUGUCUCUCUUACACUGCAGUAUGCAGAUGCAGUGAAGAGACUGAACUGUUGAAACCAUCCAUUGGGAACAACCUGCAAGGGAGCCUAAGGAACAGCCUGCAGAUGCUGAAGUUUUUUUUACCAGCUGUUUGUCUGGGGAUCUUGCCAUACAUUUUCUUAUUUCCAUUUUUGUGUGUGAGCACCUGUUCAGUUUGAGCAUCUACAUUUAGUUGUCCUUAUUAGUAAUCCAAACCAAAGGCAAGCUGCAGCCGGUAGCUGUAACAAUAGAAGAUGAGGGAAGGAGAGAGUGUAACUGUAAGGUGCUGAAGUUGCAUAGACCAACAGUUCGUGCACCAGGUAACUUGGAAACUGUAGAUUCCAAAAAUAGAGUGUAAUAUACAACUUAAUAAGAACAUAGUAGUUGCUUUCUUGUUUAAAGUCUUAGCAUUUACAGAGUGAAAUUUUUGCUUGCUCUUUAUGUACUAUUCAACAUGUGCUUGUCUUACCUUUUUUCU